AUGGGAGACGACCCUGUGAACUUUAUGGCUGCCCUGGAAAACAUGGCUGCGGCUAUGCAAGCAACAGCCGAAGCGCUAGGGAAUCAAGCUGGAAAUGGGAAUGCCGCUAAUGGGGAUAAUGGGCUAAUGAUGGUUGCAACUUUUCUGACGAUACAUCUACCGAUCUUCGGAGGAACCAAGAACCCCACUGAGGCCGAUAACUGGUUUCAAGCAAUCGAGCGGGCUUUACAAGCACAACAAGUCCUUGAAGAUCAGCGUGUUGAGUUUGCAACUUAUCAGUUAGUGGGUGAAGCUCACUUGAACGCCGCUGCAACCACCGCGUGUUAUCGUCUUCAAAUCGCCGCCGUUGAAGUCGCGAACAGAGAUCGCGCGCAAGGGAAAUCGUCGAGGAGCUUCCGUCGUCGCCGCGUGCUGGGCUCGCCGUCGUUCUGCCCGCGCAGUUGCUGCGUUGCCGGAGCUCCUCGCUGCCGCUGCUGGCCCCGGAAACCGCCUUUCAAGCCUGUGUCUGUUGGUUCCAUUGUAGGUCUAAACUUUGCUGUUUAUGAGUCUUUGAAAGAUUGGUUAGUUAAAUCCAAUCCAUUUGGUCUAGUGCAAGAUUCUGAGUUGAGUGUGACAACUCGCCUGAGUCAAUGGAUUACUAUAAUCAGAAAUGAUGUGUUGAUGGAAAAGGACUUGUUCUGCCCAGUCAGAUUGGAAGCUGUGAAACAUUUUGGUCCUGGUCCUAGUGUUCCUCACAGCCAUACCAAGCCUUAUGUACGAUCUAAGGGAAGGAAGUUUGAGAGGGCUAGAGGAAGAAAGAACAACAAAGGACUUGGUGUUUAAGUUGUAUUGUUUCUGUAUUUUUCUACCGUUUUUAGUUUUGGAAUUUGAACUCGAAAUUUAUUUUGUAUUUGAAUAUUAGUUUAUUAAUGUAUAAAAUAAUU